CUUAAGAGCGGGAGGGGAAGCGGUCUGUUUAAAAACGGCUCUGGCGAACAAAUGGCUUUUUAUGAUCGGCUGUGGUUAACUUAAAGGAAAGGAACACGAGAGGAGGAACGGCAUAAUUUUGGACUGGGCUGUAGCGCGAGCAUAGGUAGUGGGGUCUGUAAUUCUGCUGAACCUCGGUGAGUGAAACGCUGGAGUUCCUAUAAUGGAGUCCGUGGAUACUGAGUCGAAGCAUAGCUACAUAGGAAGUUUUCUUCAGCCUCCAGAUAAAAUGCACUCUGCAUUUGCUGACUUCAGGUCAAAAGAGGCAACAGCGAUCACAAAAGACACUAUUGCACCAAACAACCAAGCUUUAGCAGCAGCCCUGAAAACUCUUCAAGAAAAAAUCCAUCGUCUUGAAUUAGAGAGGUCGCAGGCUGAAGAUGACCUGAACUGCUUGUCCAGAGAAGCUGCCCAGUAUAAAAAGGUCUUGCAGCAUGAAUCAGAUGAGAAGGAUAUAACUCGUCAGGAACUGAUGCAAGAAAGGAAAGAUGUGAGCAUGCAGUUAAGGGCAGCACAGUCUCGCUGCUCUUUGCUGGAGAAACAGCUAGAUUACAUGAGAAAAAUGAUGGUCAGUGCAGAGUUGGAAAAGAAACUAGUUCUAGAACAGCAGACCCAGCUUGAGAAGGAAAAAGACCAGAAUCAGCUGGAGUUAUGUAUAAAACUUGAUAAGCUUGAAAUUCUAGAAAAAGAAUGCUGGAGACUUAUUAGAACUCAGAAAACUGCAGAAGAAAAGAUCAAACACCUGGAGCAGAAGCUUCAGGAAGAGCAACACCAGCGCAAGCUAAUACAAGACAAAGCUGCACAGCUUCAGACAGGACUUGAGAUGAACAGAAUUCUUAUGUCUUCACUUUCACCUCAAAAAGAUGCAAAGAAAAAAAGCAGGAAGAAGAAAGCCAUAAAGAAAAAUUCUGAUUUGAGGAAAACAUGUGGUUCACAGCCACACCUACCAGCUGGGACACUGCCUUUUGUUGCUGGGAAGUCUGCCAGCUCCAGUCACUCUGUUGUUGCAAAUGUUCAAAGUGUUUUGCAUAUGAUGAAAUAUCGUAGUCCAUGUGCACCUUCACAACAUCCAGAAAGAGCUGAAAAGAGGACUUCACGAUGGUCUGGUAUGAGCGGACGAGCAUCUUGCUCCACAUCUUCUGCUACUGAAAAUCUUUCUGAUCUUCUCUUGGUCAUGCAGGAUGAACUAGGACAAAUGAGUUUUGAGCAUCAAGAACUGUUGAAGCAGAUACAAGAAACACAGAACCAUGAGGUUUGGGAAGACCUAGAACGUGAACUAGAUUGUCUUGUGAAACAGAUGGAAAUUAAAGGAGAGCAGAUAUCCAAACUGAGAAAACACCAAGAGAAUGGACAAACUGACUGGAUGGGAAAGAGCUAAGCAGUCCCUCUUCUUCUACCCCUUCCCUACCAUUCUUCCUCUCAGAGAGAGCCUCUCAUGGCUGCUUUUCAUUUAAAAGAGCUAAUCGUUAGGAAACUUUACAGAUUUCCUGCAUAAUGUCUGUUUGGUAGUGUUAGAGGACCUUUUUUUUAAAAAAAAAAUUAGUUGCCUAUAUAUGAGCAUGUUGUCCCUCAUAGAAUAUAGAAGUGAGUUCAUGUUCUGUGUUACUGGUUUAUAAUCAAAAUAAUAUUUAAUUGUGUUUACAUUAAUAGUUGAAAGUUAUGCCACUGCCAUGAUGUAAUUUUCUGUUUAUUAUCUAUUGCCUUAUGCUUGUAAGAAGAUGUGAAGUUUAUCCAUAUGUUAUGUUUUCAUUCCUCCUCUUGCUCUAACCCAGCCAUGGUGUGCAUGGUAACCUAGCCAUGGUAACUGUAAAAAAACAACGGGGAAAAGCUUUGUUUGGGCUUUCUGUUUCCAAAUGCAUCUGGAAAGUUACUAAAAGUAUACCAUCAGGUUUGGUGGGGAGAGCUGUGUGAUACAUAUUGCCUUACU